ACCCUGUUCUGUGUAGGUUACGAGAAGCGCUCUAUAAAAACACCCCUACAUCUGAGUCUCGGUACCAGUGUCCUGCUGAUCAUAUCCAGAAACCAUGAACUCCCUAUUGACCGUUACUGUUGCCGCCCUGCUUGUGGCUUGUUGUUCCGCCCAAUUCUUUGGGGGAUCCUUCGGAAGACCCUUCGGAAUCUUCGGUGGCGAUGACGGAUUCUUCGAUGACGGAAUCUUCGAUGAUGGAUUCUUCGAUGAUGAUUUCUACGAUGAUGAUUUCUUUGAUGAUGAUGGAAUCAUUAUCAUUGGAGGUCCAUCUUUCGGAGGUAUGGGAGGCGGUUUCGGAGGUAUCGGUGGCGGAUUCGGAGGUAUCGCUGGUGGAAUCGGAUCUAUUGGUGGCGGAAUCGGAGCCAUCAGUGGCGGAUUUGGCGGUAUCGGAUCCGGAAUCGGAGGAAUGAUCGGAGGUAAAGGAUACGGCAAGAAAUACCGCGGAUACGGAAAGAAGAACGUCUGGCCAAAGAAACACUACUCCGGAUACGGAAAAUCCCACGCCGUUCCAUACGUGUCUGGAUACCAGACUGUUGGAUACCAACCAACACAGGCUUACUACGCCGGUGCCUCAAGCUUUCCCCAGGGAGGAUAUUCCGCCGCUUCUUCCUACUACCCCUCAUCAUCCGGCUACUACGGUACCAGCGGCGCCAUGUACUAA